AAUAUCGACAAUAACAUAUACUUUCAUUACUACUCAAAGAGACACAAUUCAUUCGCUUACUUAAUUUUUGUCACGUUGAAAUGGCAACACAACCUGAAUUUGAACAUCCAAACAAGGCAUUUGGUUGGGCAGCUAGAGACACUUCUGGUGUUCUUUCCCCUUUCAACUUCUCCAGAAGAGAAACGGGUGAAAAAGAUGUGGCAUUUAAAGUACUGUAUUGUGGGAUAUGUCACUCGGAUCUUCAUAUGAUAAAGAAUGAAUGGGGCAUGUCUACCUAUCCACUAGUUCCUGGGCAUGAGAUUGCUGGUAUAGUGACGGAGGUAGGAAGCAAAGUAGAGAAGUUCAAAAUUGGAGACAAAGUGGGUGUGGGAUGCUUAGUUGAUUCGUGUCGUGCAUGCCAAAACUGUGAGGAAAAUCUUGAGAAUUAUUGCCCUAAACAAACAAAUACAUAUAGUGCCAAAUACAGUGAUGGAAGCAUCACAUAUGGAGGGUACUCUGACUCAAUGGUUGCAGAUGAGCACUUUAUAGUUCACAUUCCUGAUGGCUUACCACUUGAAUCUGCUGCUCCUCUCCUUUGUGCCGGUAUUACUGUGUAUAGUCCUCUUCGAUAUUUUGGACUCGACAAGCCUGGUAUGAAUAUAGGUAUUGUUGGUCUUGGUGGACUUGGUCACUUGGGUGUGAAGUUUGCAAAAGCUUUUGGAGCUAAUGUAACAGUAAUUAGUACAUCACCCAACAAAGAGAAAGAAGCAAUAGAAAACCUAGGAGCUGAUUCAUUUCUUAUAAGUCAUGACCAAGAUAAAAUGCAGGCUGCGAUGGGUACUUUGGAUGGCAUCAUCGAUACAGUUUCAGCGGAUCAUCCUCUCUUACCUCUAGUUGGUUUAUUAAAAUAUCACGGAAAACUUGUAAUGGUCGGUGCACCUGACAAGCCUCCGGAGCUCCCUCACAUUCCUUUAAUAAUGGGGAGAAAGACGAUAUCUGGCAGUGGCAUUGGAGGCAUGAAAGAGACACAAGAAAUGAUUGAUUUUGCUGCUAAACACAAUAUAAAACCAGACAUCGAAGUCAUACCAGUGGAUUAUGUUAACACAGCAAUGAAGCGACUCCUCAAAGCAGAUGUCAAAUAUCGAUUUGUGCUCGAUAUCGGAAACACUUUAAAACCUAGUUCUUAACUUUUGUACAACUCCACUGUCUGUUGUUCGGAUCACCAUCACAAUUAUUACGAUUUUUGUUUGUUUAUCCAAUUUUUUUUAAGGAUGUUUGUUUAUCCAAUAUUGUCGAUUGUUUUUUCUUCUUCUUGUAUACAAUAAAGGUUUUUGAUCUUGGACAGAGAGCGUCUGCGGUUGAAAAUCAUAGGGAUUCAAAUUCAGCACUAUUCACAUAUAUGUGAAUGAAUAAUGUAUUUUCUGUUAUAGAAUAAUGUAUGUGUUUUAUGAUGUGAAUUUCAACUUGUUACAACUA